AUCAGCUAACAUACAUGAAUAUUGGCUGGGUUGCAUACUGUGCGGACUGCGGUUGCAACAAGGCAUAGCCCCAUUUCGACAACCUAGGUACCGAGAAGAACAAAAAUAAACAGGGCCCCUAUGCUUACCUAGGUAUUCAUGUGAUUGCUCCUUCAUUUUGAAACAUAUUUUGGAUUCAUAUAUUCGCUUUCCCCGAGACGACAUUGGCGUCUUCGGAGCGUACCGAACGAACGAAACACCCAGUGUGAAUAGCCUCCACUUCUAUUGAUCGCUCAUACCAGACUAGAAUGGCAUGGGAACGGUUAAAGUGGACAUUGUCAAGAUGGAGCUUAUCGAGAUGGCUCCUGUUCGCCAGGCUAUUGCAGGUGUCGAGUACGCUGAUAACCGCUGUCAUGAAUGGCUUCCUUCUAGUAUACAUUCAUGUCAAUCAUCUCGGCCUAGCGAUGAGCAUGUUUUGCUUGGAAAUGAUGGCAUGUGUCGCACUUAUCUAUUCAGGUAUUGUGCUGUUGAUGCAGCACGGCGGUAGCCCGCGAAGGAGAUUUAAUACUGGGUUGAUUGCGACUUUCGUCGCUGGCGACAUAGUCUUCAACGGGAUGAUGCUUGCCAUAAUCACAGUUUUAGCUCAUUCAGGGCUCCCUACAGAUUGCCACGGACUGACAAGAACUGAUAUGGAAGACGGCGAUGCACCUUUUGACGAUCCAUCAACCCCUGGGUUCGAAACAACCCGAUUCGGCGACGUAGACCAGCACAUAAAAGGACAACUUGACAAAUACUGUCCUUUAGAACGAGGGUUCUAUUUUAUUGCUGCUGCGCUAGUGUUCACUUACAUGCUGACGGUGACCCUUGGCGUGCUACGAAUCUUCGAACGGCGCUGGAGUCAAGGCAGAAAGGACACGCGGUUCGCCUCAAUAGAUGAUAUUCAACUUCAUCAUAUACAGCCAAAGAGUCCUCCACCUCUGCCCCCCAGGGAUAUGGAGAAUGCGGCACCACCAACUGAAGGAGUCCUCACACCGACUUCGAGGGUCAAUCCGCCAUUGCAGACUCAAGGGUUUGGAUCAUCCGAGAACGUAGGACUACACAGAGAACGCCCGAUCUUCGCGACGACACCAUCGCAGCCGUUCCCUAUCUCUCCUGUCUCCCCUGCCUCACCAAUGUCUCAAGUGUCCCCUAUUUCUCCAACCACGCAUCAACACAGAUCCUUUAUUGCUUCGACGGGCGUGCCGGGCACGUCUAUGGGAGAUGUAAUGAUGAACCACUCAACGGAUCCAGCUGCAGAGGCAGCUAUGAUCACUGAUGGAUACCGACAUCAACCACAACCUGGGAUGUCAUCCUUACCCCCCUACUCUCCUGGACAGUCUAGAGGGCAGUUCAUGGACGGACACGGCAAUGAGUCUAAUGAGAUGCGACUAAGCGAGUACGUUAAAGGCGAAACACGGGCGCAAAAUAUAAAGGACACUGGAUUCGGUAUAUAGAGGGUAAAUGCUGGGCAUUUAUGGAUUCACGUUUGGUGGCAUUAUUAGAGAUGCGAUAAUGGGCGGCUAUCUGUCGAAUUCCGAUUCUUACGAGCGACGGCGUAGAGUUAUGCCUCUAUGUUUCCAUAUCCACAUCCUUGACUCCAAGGUCAAGAAUCCCCACUCACUUACCCCAAAAUCAAGGCGCCCGGAAUCGUACCGAACCAGGCGCAACGUUGUAUCAUAGUGGAGUUCUAGUAGAACGGUUCGCACGGGUAACCCCGCAAUAGAAUGAGAUCAUCUCCACCACUGCUGCC